GAUGAAGAAGAUUUUUGGCUUUCGGAGCGGGAAGGGCGCGUGGCGCCGGGGCUCCUCCACCAGCCCGCAGAGCGGCGCCGCGGGGUCCAGGCCGUCGCCCCGAGGCCGCCCGGGACUGCUCUCCAUUUGGCCUGUGCCAAUGGCCAUCGAGAAGUGGUAACUCUCCUCGUAGAGAGAAAAUGCCAGCUUAACCUCUGUGACAGUGAAAACAGGACAGCCCUGAUGAAGGCAGUACAAUGCCAGCAAGAGGAGUGUGCAGCCAUUCUGCUGGAGCAUGGUGCUGAUCCAGACCUCAUGGACAUGGACGGCAACACUGCUCUGCACUAUGCUGUGCGGGGUCAGAAUGCAGCCGUCGUAGCCAAGCUGCUGGCACACAACGCAGAUGUUGAAGCCAGAAACAAGGAUGACCUCACACUACUUUUAUUUGCUUUAAGUGAAAACAAACAGCAAAUGGUAGAAUUGUUGGGAAGGAGGGAAGGAAAUAGACAUGCUGUAGAUAACAUUAUAAGCAAUCAUCAACUAAUUUCUCAAUAUGAAGAAGAAAAGAGACUUCAUUCUUCUUCAGCAAUUAGCAUUCCAGUGGAUGAGAGUUCUGAAGAAGAUUCUUUAAGCAGGCUUUCCAGCAAACCUGGCAUUGAUGAUUCAUGGCCUACAUCAGAUGAUGAAGACUUAGAUUUUGAAACCAAGACUGUCCCGAAACUGAACUUUGCCAAGCUAAUGUCUGCUUCUCAGCAAUGCAGGAAAAACAUACAAGCCAAAUGCGCCAUCAUGAGACCAGAAAGUAGAUCCUUAUUUGAGGAUAACAAUUCUGAGAGUGAAAAUGAAGAUGUAGUUGAAACCCUUUCUAAGCCAUCAAUCAAAGUCCAGGACUUUUCUCAUCCUGCCUUUCCAUCACCUGAGCCUCUCAAGUCUUUAGCAGUCAUGGAUCGUACAAAAGAAGAAGCAACAAAGCCAGCAGUUGGAAAUGAAGAAAAGGGUAAUGAUAUUAUUGAUAUUGCUCCACAAGAGCACAUAAAUAAUUACAAUUUGGCUUAUGUUGAUGGAGCACACAAAAAUAAUAGAAGUGAUAUGAUGUCAGCAUUAGGAUUAGGAGAAGAGGAAGAUACAGAAUCACCUUGGGAUUCCGAGAGUAUUUCUGAGAGUCUUCCACAGAAAUAUGUUGAUCAUUUAUCUGGAGCUGCAGACCAAAGAGGAAAAAAUAUGUUAACUGGAAAAGUAGAUGAUGUAUUUUAUAUACCUUCUUGCAUGAGCGGAUCAACAAAUUUUAAGAUGUCUGAAGUAGAGGAUACAAGAAAUGUAGGCAUUCCAGUAGCCCAGCUGGAUUCUCCUAAAAAAUACCAUCACUUGAAGCCUACCAUUGAAGUGAAAGAUGUUGUUCCUAAAAAUGCAGUAGGAGUGAAAGAUGUGCAAACAUCUCAAUCAGAUUUGUCAGAAGAACCAGACUUAGAAAUGACAUCAGAGGAAGGUCAAGAAAGGCUUGAUGGAAGUGAAAAUGACCACCCACUGGUUGAAGAAGAAAACAAGAUGCACAAAAAUAGUGAAAUGGAAUUAUCAGAGAAUAUUUGUGAUGUUGCUAUUGAUAACCGUGGAUUAAUUCAACAAACAAAGAAUGGGAAAACUGAUAACCAGCACUUUCCUAUUAUGGAGAAUGAAGAUUCUGAUAGUAGUAAUCCUGGCUUGCCUAUGAAAGAAGUAAAGAAAAAUGAAAAAUAGCAAAUGGACAGUCAAAGCAUCUGUGACUACAUCCAUGUUUGAGAAGGCUGGUUCCCUAACUGGUGGUGUGCUUCAAGUGAAUGAUGACAGCAGCUUAAGUGAAGUAGAUCAGAAUGAUGGAAGGUCAAGAAGCAAAUUAAUUCUGUGGAUAACCUGGAGGA